CAUCUUUGCAUGAUUUGGUCUACUGGAAGAUGUUAUCUCAAUUUACGACAAGUGGGCGAACAGCGCUGAGGCCUUUGCCAGCGUCUGCGAUCCCACAAUUGACGCCAACGAAUGUACGCUACCAGCAGCAGGGCUUAUUAGGAGCUAUUCAUGGAGCACAAAGGCAACCUCCGUCGCCAGUUGCCUGCCGCGCGGCCAGCGUGGAGCGCGACACCAUCCGUGAUUCCCCACCCUUGCCGUCAGAGGACACAUUGCCAACGAGCCUAGCGACUGAAUCGAUAGACGAUACAGGGCCUGCUUAUGAGGGGAUUAUAACGGAUCCACCAACGCGACCAACGGGCCUUUACGUGCGGGUACGCAACAUGGUCAAGCAUUUUAACACCGCAAAAGGGCUCUUCCGUGCCGUGGAUGGUGUAGACGUGGACAUCGAGCCCAGCUCAAUCGUCGCGUUGCUUGGGCCCUCUGGCAGCGGCAAGACUACGCUGCUGCGCCUCGUUGCUGGCCUUGAGCAACCCACCGGUGGCAGCAUAUUUUUCGACGAUGUGGAUGCCACCAACCUGUCCGUGCAGGACCGCCAGAUUGGCUUUGUGUUCCAGAGCUACGCGCUUUUCAACCACAAAACCGUUGCUGAAAACAUCAAAUUCGGGUUAGAAGUCCGCAAGCUCAAUAUCGACCAUGACCAGCGGGUGCAGGACUUGCUGGCGCUGGUUCAGCUGCAGGGCCUGGGCGACCGGUACCCCCGCCAGCUAUCUGGCGGUCAGCGCCAGCGAGUGGCUAUGGCACGAGCCCUGGCAUCCAACCCGCGGCUACUGCUCCUGGAUGAGCCCUUUGGUGCGCUGGAUGCCGUUGUGCGCAAGCAGCUGCGCGCAGGGCUGCGGGAAAUCGUCCGCAGCGUGGGCGUCACUACGAUCAUUGUGACACACGACCAGGAGGAGGCGUUUGACCUGGCGGACAAGGUGGUGGUAUUUAACCGGGGGCUAGUAGAGCAGCAGGGCAAGCCCACGGACAUCAUCAAACACCCGCGCACGCCCUUCAUUAUGAAGUUCGUGGGAGAGACGAACGUGGUGCCGGCCACGUCUCUGCUCGCGAAGCGUAUGCGGUUCAGCACGCCCAAGAGUAUGGUCAUGUUUCGACCACACGAUAUCAAGCUUUUCAAGAGCCCGCCCUCAGAGGACAGCCCGGUGACGGUUGCUGCCACGGUUGUGGAGAAGGCCAACCUCGGGUGGACAAUUAAGUACCUUCUGCGUUUUGAUGACGACGUGGAAUGCGAGUUGCAAUUAACGCGAGACCAGGACGAGAAUGACUAUAAUUUGCUAAUCGGCAGCCGUGUCUUCGUGCACGUGAACCCGAAGGCGAUGAUGGGAUUUAACAGGGCGGACAUAGAUAGCACGCCGCUUGUAUAGGCGGACACGUCGGGGACAUGUAUCCGGUUCAGCGGGUAGUUGUCUACAUUGCGCAUUCUCACAGUGAUAAUUAGAUCGUUUUCGUCUCCGUGUAGUGCUCGUCUUUCAUGGGAAUGAGGUGCAGGAUGAGGCAGGUUAUAUGGCAGAAAUAUCAAAGAGCGCUAGGUAGGUAUGGUUCCUUGUAUAAAGACUUUCCUGAGGAAAUCUCGCGCUUAUGUAGUGUGUUGAUGGAUUGUACAUAAAGUUCCUUUUGCGGUCCAGAUGUAGUGGUGUCUGGUCACUUUAUGUGUGGCCACACACCGCAAUCAAGUGCCGGACAGGCCCAAAAAAUAUUAUCGCCAAGCCGCUUUGUAUUCAUAGGUAGUUUACUAGAUUGGUUUCGUUUCAGAAUUGUAAACAUGGCACUCGCUGCUCAUUGUCGGCAGGUUGCUCCGGCCUCUGUUAGCUCUCGCGUUAAGGCCUUCGCGCCUGCUCGCAUAUCUCGUUGCCGGAGUGCUGUGGUGGUGCGCGCCGAGUCUCAGAGCACCGAUGCUUUGACGCGCCGUGUGGUGCUGGGCGCUGGCCUGGCAGCAGCAACGUCGUUAAUGCUUCCGAUUGGCGGCUCGUCUCCUGCUUAUGCAAAUCAGCUGCUGUCCAGCGAGUGGGAGAGUGUUGAACUGCCUUUGGAUAAGGGUGUUGUGCUUCUUGACGUUGGCUUUACAGAUGACAAGCACGGUUUCCUCUUGGGUACCCGACAAACGCUGCUGGAGACCUUUGACGGGGGAAAGACCUGGAAGCCCCGGUCGAUCGAUGCCGCCCGUGACGAGGGGUUCAACUACCGCUUCAACUCCAUUUCUUUUUCCCCCUCUGGCGAGGGCUGGAUCGUGGGCAAGCCUGCCAUCCUGCUGCACACCACGGAUGGCGGUGCGAACUGGGAGCGCAUUCCUCUGAGCGCUAAGCUGCCGGGUACUCCGUUGCGCGUCACCGCCCUGCCAGGCAAGGCGGGUCAGGCCGAGAUGAUCACCGACCAGGGCGCCAUCUACGUGACUGACAACACUGCCUACACUUGGACAGCGGCUGUGCAGGAGACUGUGGAUGCCACGCUGAACCGCACAGUGUCCAGUGGCAUCAGCGGCGCUUCUUACUACGAGGGCUCCUUCUCGAACUUGGCGCGCAGCAACACGGGCGACUACGUGGCGGUGUCCUCGCGCGGCAACUUCUACAUGACCUGGUCGCCGGGCCAGAGCUUCUGGAUGCCGCACAAUCGGCCCGCGCCGCGCCGCCUGCAGAACAUGGGCUUCACACCCUCGGGCGAGGUGUGGGUCACAACGCGUGGCGGGGAUGUGCUGCUCGCCAACGAGCCAGGACUCAGCACUGAGUCGUUUGAGAAUGUUGCAAUCAACUCGCGCGGCUUCGGAAUCCUUGAUGUCGGUUUCCGGGACGAUAAGGUUGCCUUCGCCUGUGGUGGCAGCGGCAGCCUGUACCGCUCAGAGGACGGCGGCAAGUCGUGGAAGCGCGACCGCUCCACUGAUGAUUUGGCGGGUAACCUGUACGCCAUCAAGUUCUUUAACUCUCAGCUGGGCUUUGUGCUGGGCAAUAAUGGCAUCCUGUUGCGUUACACCGGUGUGUCAGCGUAAGAUGUCGCUGGCCAAGCUUGGAUGGGAUGAGUGUUGGCCAAGUAUGAAUGGGUGUUUGCAUCGUGAAGAUGCACGUGGGGUUUUAUUUUGCUGAAGUGAGAGUGAGGAUGUGUGUGUCUGGCAGCGGCCUUGGCCCGUCACGUAGGCUGGCGAGCCGUACGGUACAGCUGUGGGAUGAAGCUUAGCCGGUUGGAGUUUGGGUGUGAGGCAGAGGCAGGCGAUGCCGGGAGGGUUGCUGGCUCUGCGGUAUGGUACACAGUAUUGUGUAUGUGUUUUGCCCACAACGUUUUUGCACGGGACUCGCAGUUUUGCAAGUGGUAUAAAUAAGAGGUGGUUGCUGGUCACAUUUAAAACCAGUACGAAUUAUAAAAUACCUCCUGCCGU